AUGGCGAUCUCGCAUAACUCUCCCGUGAAGAAGAUCCAAAAGAGCAUUAUCAGCGGCAGCCAAUCGUCGGUGUCUGCCACCGACAGAGGCGGAAUAGCGAUAGGCGACGACCCGGAUGAUGUUUGGAACAAGACACGGGCUGCCUGCGUGAAGGCGGUGAUGAAGACGUUUGAAACAGAAAAAAAUAGACACAAGGACGUUGAGUGGCGGGAAUCGCCACAGAGCGCUGCUUCAAAGUAUGAACAGUGUUUGUUUAAAAAAAACAGUUACUCUUUGAACGCAUACAAGCUGCGGUUCCGGAAAGAUCUUACGGCGUUAAAGAACUCCAAAACCGAGUUUGCGCUGGACAUCUUGGCAGGAGAACUCGAUAUCGACGACUUUGUUAGUUUUGACGAGAAGGAUUUAAUAUCUAAGAAACAGCAGGCCAAGGACUCAAAAUUGCUGGACGAGGAGCUCAAAAACAAGAUGGGCAAGCAGUUUCCAACCAAUAUCAAUCAGAUAAAAAAUCAGAAUGUUUUCAUUGGAGAGAAGUGGGGCAUCUCAGAAAGUGCUGCCAAGAUUGAUCCUGACUUCGACGAGGAUUAG